AUAACAAUUCAUUGCUCGCAAUUCAUUCGCACCAAGUUUUCCACACUUCAUUCAAAAAUGUAACCGUUUUGUACUAAUGAAUAGCAAAAUUUAGCUGAGAACCAAUAAAAUGGAGGCAGGCCCAUUGAAAUUGAUAAUAAGAGUACGGGGCGUUAUCACGAAAUUGUCUUUACUUCAUUUCAAACGUUUUUAUUGUAUUCUUUUUUAUUUCUUUAUUUCUGCCGUUUAUUGCUGAAAAGAUUCUUGAUUUGAAGUUUCAACUCCGUCAUGGACACUUCUCAACUUUUGCUACCAUACACAAUUGAGAAUGUUUCUAAUUUUUCUGAUGAAGAAAAUCGAUUUAGCGAUGAACUGGUGUGGCGUAAAAUGAUAUGGAAAUUGGAGGUCAACAAAUCCGAUGGAUUUCUCGGUGUCUUCUUAUACUGUUCUUUACCUUCUGGGAUACUGUGCAAUAAAUGUCAGAUUUCUGCAAAAGUUGAAUACAAAAUAGUAUCAGCCAACGGCAAAAUUCAUAGUGAAAGCGGAGUAGCAAAUUCUGAAACGAAACCUUCAAUGGAAAAACCAAUACAUAGUUUUCCAAAUUUUAUAAAGUGGAGAGAGAUGGAUGAAAAUUUUCUGAUUGCGGAUAGUGCAAAAAUCGAAGUUCAUGUCCAGAAUCUUGAAUUUCUAGAAGCAAUGCUGAUCGAUAGAGGAGAGGUUUCAUUUUUUCAUACAGUUAAAAAUGUGUCGAGAUUAGAAGAAAAUGAAGUUCAAUUCGGUGAUUCAAAAGCAUGCGGGCAAGCUUCAUGGAGAAUAGGUGCUAUGAAAAAGGAUGGAUUUUUUGGAUUUUAUCUUCAGUAUGAAAAUAAUUUACAUACAUCGACAGAUUAUAGUGCCACUAUUGAACCAAAUUGUUGGUUGGGUAUUCUGCCCAAGGAACGUCAUGGUCAGCCCGAUGGCAAAUUUAAUAGUUUCCCAAGUGAAUUUGAUCAUAGAAAUACAAGAGUGGGCAACAUGAAAAUGAUAGAAUGGAAGGAGCUGCGGAAAAAGUACAUGGUUAAUGACAGUGUGGUAAUAGCAGCUGUUUUACCAAAGGUUUACGUAUACUCGAAAAAGCAAGAUCGGUUUGCAAGGAAGUUUGUGCUUUCACAAAAAUUUUCUGAUGUAUCGAACAUUGCAGAAGGAGAAUCUAGGUUUGGUAGUUCAGAGAAACGAUUCAACAUUCCAUGGCGGGUAGAGUUGAAACGAGAAUCAGGAUUUUUGGCAGUUCAUCUUCACUGUGAGGAAGGCUCAAGAAAAUCAGACAAUGCAGUUUGGGAGAUCAUUGUAAACUGUGUGUUCAAUCUAGUGUCAGCAAAUGGGAGAAAUUUGAUGAGACGAGUGGAAUCCGCAAAGUCCGAUACAGUGUUUCACCGAAACAAUGAAAAGGAGGGCAUCACCAAGUUUAUAAGAUGGGAUGAUAUGAUGACGGAUUACGUGGUCAGCAACUUUGUAAUUAUUGAAGCUCGUGUCGACAUGUGUUGGUGCAAAGACGGAGAUAUAUUCGAGCCUGAUCAUAGGUCUGACACAAAGUUAAUGUCUGACACGGAGUUUGUUGGACACUUUUUCUUAGCCUGCACAGUCAACAAUGUUUCAAAAUUUCAAGAUGGUGAGAAGCAAUGGAGCGACACAGAAACACGACAUAAUUUACAAUGGAGGAUCCAAGCGAUAAAAAAAGCGGAUUUUCUUGGAAUUUUUCUGUUUUGCGAUAAUGCUUACGAGUCUCACGAGGGCUGGUCAAUACAAACUGAAGUCACAUUCAAUUUGGUUUCCACAAACGGGCACAAUUAUAAACAAGCAGCUAUGCUGAAAUUCGAGAAGGCGGGCGGUCAAGGCAUCACUGAAUUUAUUAAAUGGGACAACGUGAUCGAGACUUAUUUCAAUCCGCUCAAAGACAAUUUGAUCGUCGAAGCUCAUGUCAAAGUUUAUUUUAUUAAAGGAGUCCCGCACGAAAUUCCUCCAGAUCGAAAAAGUUUUUUGAUGUCACAUGUGGUUAGAAACGUUUCGAAUAUGGAAGAAGAAAAUGUAAUUUUUAGCGCUUCGCAAGAAUGGUUUGACAUUUUAUGGAGUAUGUCUAUGAAGAACAACAACGGUUUUGUUGAAUUACUUCUAAGCUGUGACAAAGAACAUACCGAGAAUGAAAUUUGGUGUAUCCAAGCGAAGUUUCAACUCAUGCUUGUUGGUGCAGAUGAUAAAAUCCUCACUGACUUUUGCGAGCACAAUUUUGAAAAUGCCGAGUCGGCUGGGGAUUCGAAAGUCAUCAGAUGGGAGGAUAUGUUGAGUCAGUAUGUGGUGGAUGACAGUGUGACAUUUAAAGCGCGCGUGGUGUUCACUCAUAUUACUGAUUUGCUUCCCUCAUACUCAUUCACGAUGUUACUCACUCUCAAAGAUAUUCCUAAUGUUCAAGAAGGAGAAUCCUAUUUUAGUAACACAGAAAAGCAUUGUGAUGCUCCAUGGAGAAUUUCCGCUACAAAAGAACAAUCGUGCAUUUUAAUAUAUCUCCAUUGCGACAAGAGGUUAUGUAACGAUGAGCACUGGUCGAUUAAAGUCGAGGCUCAACUAGUCUUGGUGUCAGAUACUGGAAGAACUUUAACUGACAAGGUCACUCACAUUUUUGAAAGACCAGAAGGAAUUCAUUGGACUAAAGAUUUGACAUGGGAAAAUUUGGAGAAAGACUUUAUGGUUGAUGAUAGCGUCAAAAUUGAAGCUCGUGUCAAGAUUGUAGAACAUGCCGAAGUUGCAAGUCAUUGAUGACUCCCAGUGAUUAUAUACAUAUUCUUUUCCAUAGAUUUUUUUCUUAAUAUUAAAUUUAAUAUACAAAGUCAACCUAUAGUUUCUUUUUUCUUCUUUUCUUUUGAAUUAAUAAAUGUUUGUGUGUUU